AUGACUAAUGUGCAGACCGAACAAUUAAAAAAGUUUGUAUUUUCUUCAAAGUACACUGUUAAUGGAGAACCUUUAGAAGAAAAGUUGGAGAUAAUUAUACCAGAGUUGCUACAAGCAAGUUACUCAUUCUACACCUGGCCUUCAGCACCAGUACUUGCAUGGUUUAUUUGGGAAAAUCGUGAAGAAUUUUAUGGUAAAAAAGUUGUUGAACUAGGAGCAGGUACUGCUCUUCCUGGAAUCGUCGCUGCUAAGUGUGGUGCUGAUGUUAUAUUGACAGAAUCAGCCACACUACCAAAAUCUCUAUCUCAUACUAGAAGAAGUUGCCAAGUUAACAAUCUAGUUGUUAAUCAACAUAUUAAAGUUAUUGGACUUACUUGGGGAUUGUUUUUAGGUAAUUUAGAUCUGCUUGGUCCUCUUGAUUACAUCAUUGGUUCAGACUGUUUCUUUGAACCAGCCACAUUUGAGGAUAUUCUAGUCACAGUUGCAUACUUGCUAGAUAUCAAUAUUAAUGCUAAAUUCUUCUGUACUUAUCAAGAAAGGAGUUCUGAUUGGUCUAUUGAACAUUUACUCUCUAAGUGGGACUUGGAGUGUAUUGUGCACAAUAUAAACAAUUUAGGGAACAGUAUAGGUCUCAACAUUCACGAUUUAAUUGGAGAUCAUAGCAUUCACUUGCUUGAAAUUUCAAGAAAAUCAUAAGUAAUGGCUACAAAUGGUAUUCGCCAACUCUACAAAUUGUAUGUGAGCAACAUUCCUUGGACUGUUGGUUCAAAAGAGUUAAGGACUUAUUUCAGUAAGUUUGGACAUCUACAACAAGCUACUGUUGUAUUUGAUAGAAAAACAGGACUUUCUAAAAACUACGGCUUUAUUACAUUCAGUAAUCGUGAAGGCUUAGAAAACGCAACAAAAAAUAAUUUACAUAAAUUAGAAGGAAAUACAAUAAGAUUACAGCCAUCAAAUCCUGAAAAUUAAAAAUGGCUGAUGCAGUAGAUAAUUUUAGUGAUUUACAAGAAUUAGGUAUAGAUAUAAAUGAGGAAGACAGCUUGACUAUUUCUUUUAACAAAGCAGCCAGUCAUUUACAGAAGCUCUUACCCAAUGUGGAUAAUCAGACACUUCUUACCUUAUAUGGCUAUUACAAACAAGGUACUGAAGGCACUUGUAAGACUUCCAAACCUAGUUGGUAUGAUCUUCGUGCAAAAUCUAAGUGGGAUGCUUGGAAUAGACUAGGAGAUCUACCCCAGAAAGAAGCUAAAACACUAUAUAUAGACACUCUUAAGAAAUUAGAUCCUACAUUUGAUGAUACCCCCUUGGAGAAAUCUGAGGAACAGUGGAUAAAAGUAUCUUCUAUGUCCAAGGAUGAAAUCCCUCAGUCAGAGUUCACAGUAAUAGAUUAUAUUAAGGAAAAUAAUGUGAAAGAAGUAAGGCUUUAUUUAAAAACAAAUAAGCCAGAUCUUAUCAAUGAUGGACUUUCACUAAUACACUGGGCAGCUGAUGGAGGUAGUAGUGAAAUUUUGAAAUUGUUAAUAGAUGCAGGGGCUGAUGUGAAUAUAAAAGAUAGUGAUGGACAGACUGCUUUACAUUAUGCUGCAAGUUGUGGCCAUACUGAUUGUGUUAAAUUGUUGUUGCAGAAGGGUGCUAACAAAGAAAUAACUGAUAAUGAUGGUUGCACUCCUCAUAAUGUUGCUUCUGAGAAUGAAAUAUUAGAAUUACUUAAUUAGACUUUGUAAUUUUGUUAAAUUAAAUAAAAGUUUUAAAAACAU